GAUCUGAUUUAGAAGAAGCAGCGGCUGCAGAAAUUGGUUAAAAUUUCAUUGCCAGGCUACGGUCUAGUGGAAAAGGGUGUUAAUGUCCUUUGCUCGUUUUCAUUUCAACGAUAAAAACCCAAGGGCGACGGACUUGCGCGUGUUAUCAUCUGUAUGAGCGAAGAGUGCAGGCAAGAUAGGAGGAAAACAUCGAAGCAUCUGCAACAGCAUCGCGCGCAGGGAAGCGGGAUCUUACAAUCUGUGAGCUUGACUCCAUUCAGACGCAACACAGUUUGUAAACGCACAUUUUCCGAUGGGACUUAUUUCAUGACAUGGCUGAUUAUCUAAAUCCUUCGAGUGAGGGGUGAAAAGGAUCCUUAUUGGAAAUGACCGGUCGCUUUUUGAUGCAUUGUGUAACGUGGGGCGAUAAAGUUUAACUGGCGUUCGGUUCAUAACAGAGAUGCGUUUAGAUGUGCUCUGAAUGGCCGGAAUACUUUAAGCAACUCUGUGUUUAUGUGGCUGAACACGCUCUUGUGGAUGCCAGACCUGUACGGAUGAGAAGAACUCGUGGCUGGAACUACAUCUCGCGUUGUGAUGCUUCUUCUUUACACUCUGUCUGAGGUGAAUUUGGAUUUCUUUAGUCAAAUCUGCGCGUUUCUAGAAUGGCUCGCUUCGAAGACGAUCUCCCGACCCGGUAUGGAGGCGGUGGCUCUCCAGCGGGUCCAGGCAGAGGGGCCAGCCGGCAGCCAGGCCCCCCGGGCGGACCGAGGGUGUAUAAGCAAACAAUGGCCCAAAGAGCCCGGACAAUGGCCAUAUACAACCCAAUACCGGUCAAACAGAACUGCCUCACAGUCAACCGAUCCCUUUUCAUCUUCAGCGAAGAUAAUAUCAUUCGGAAAUAUGCAAAGAAAAUAACAGAGUGGCCUCCAUUUGAGUACAUGAUUCUCGCCACCAUCAUAGCAAACUGCAUUGUACUGGGCUUAGAGCAGCAUUUGCCAGCUUUAGACAAGACACCCAUGUCAAAGCGGCUGGAUGACACUGAACCCUACUUCAUCGGAAUAUUUUGCUUCGAGGCCGGGAUCAAGAUUAUCGCUCUAGGCUUUGCUUUUCAUAAAGGCUCCUACCUCCGCAAUGGGUGGAAUGUUAUGGAUUUUGUUGUUGUGUUAACGGGGAUUCUGACCAUAGUGGGACCAGACUUUGACUUGCGGACACUCAGGGCAGUGAGAGUCUUGCGGCCCCUCAAACUAGUGUCUGGAAUUCCAAGUCUCCAAGUGGUUCUGAAGUCCAUCAUGAAAGCGAUGAUUCCUCUGCUUCAGAUCGGCCUUCUGCUCUUCUUUGCUAUUCUCAUGUUUGCCAUCAUUGGUCUAGACUUCUACAUGGGGAAGUUCCACCGCACCUGCUUCAGAAUCGAUAACGGGGAACAGGCGGAUGAUUCUCCAUGUGGGACUGACUAUCCAGCCCGGAUGUGUGAAAUCAACGUAACUGAAUGUAGGGAAUACUGGACCGGUCCAAACUUCGGCAUAACUAACUUUGACAACAUCCUGUUCGCUGUGCUCACCGUCUUCCAGUGCAUCACUAUGGAAGGAUGGGUGGACAUCCUUUACAAUGCCAACGAUGCUUCAGGGAACACUUGGAACUGGCUCUACUUCAUCCCACUCAUCAUCAUUGGCUCUUUCUUCAUGCUCAACUUGGUUCUGGGGGUGCUGUCAGGGGAGUUUGCAAAGGAGCGAGAGCGCGUGGAGAAAAGGCAGGAGUUCCUGAAGCUGCGAAGACAACAGCAGAUAGAGAGGGAGCUGACCGGUUACUUGGAGUGGAUCUGCAAGGCAGAGGAAGUCAUGCUUGCUGAAGAAGAUAAAAAUGCAGAGGAGAAGGAGGAUGGUGCCUGGUACAAGAGGAAAUACAACAACCCAGUAUUGAAGAGAGCCAAGAAGAGCAAAAAUGACCUCAUCAAUGCAGAAGAAGGUGAAGACCACUUUACUGAUAUCUCAUCAGUUGCUCCCCAGGGCUCUCCAUUCACCCGUACAAGUGUGAAGAGCAGCAAGAACGAGAGCUCGUCGUACUUUCGCAGAAAAGAGAAGAGGUUUCGCUUCUUCAUUCGACGUAUGGUGAAGGCCCAGAGCUUCUACUGGACCGUUCUGUGUAUAGUGGGACUGAACACACUGUGUGUGGCUAUAGUCCACUAUGACCAGCCCGACUGGCUCACAUAUGCACUGUAUUUGGCGGAGUUUGUGUUCCUUGGUCUGUUUCUAAUAGAGAUGAGUCUGAAGAUGUAUGGCCUCGGGCCAAGGACCUACUUUCACUCCUCAUUUAACUGCUUUGACUUUGGGGUGAUUGUGGGUAGCAUUUUCGAGGUGAUCUGGGCAGCCGUAAAACCAGGAGCCUCUUUUGGCAUUAGUGUGUUGCGAGCACUGCGUUUGCUGAGGAUAUUCAAGGUUACCAAGUAUUGGAACUCUCUGCGUAAUCUGGUGGUGUCUCUACUCAACUCAAUGAAGUCUAUCAUCAGUCUCCUGUUCCUGCUGUUCCUAUUCAUCGUGGUAUUUGCUUUGUUGGGGAUGCAGCUCUUUGGAGGACAGUUUAAUUUUGAAGAUGAGACCCCGACGACCAACUUUGACACAUUCCCAGCUGCUAUCCUGACAGUGUUUCAGAUUCUGACAGGGGAGGACUGGAAUGCAGUGAUGUAUCAUGGAAUUGAAUCCCAGGGAGGAGUGCACCGGGGAAUGUUCUGCUCCGUGUACUUCAUUGUGCUCACACUGUUCGGAAACUACACUCUCCUAAAUGUAUUUUUGGCCAUUGCUGUUGAUAACCUUGCCAAUGCACAAGAACUCACCAAGGAUGAGGAGGAGCAGGAAGAGGCCAUCAGUAAGAAACUGGCUCUGCAGAAAGCCAAGGAGGUAAAGGAGGUCAGCCCCAUUUCGGCCGCUAACAUUUCCAUCACAGCUUUUAUAAGGCCAUUUCCUGGUGCUCUUUCAUGCAGCUCCUCCAACUCCAGCUCUCAUUCACCUAAAGAACAGCAACGUUCUCUAAAGAUGAUGUCCGUGUGGGAGCAGCGCACCACCCAGAUUCGGAAGCACAUGCUGGCCAGCAGUGAGGCAUUGUACCAAGAGGAGCUCAACCCCCGGCUGACUUCCAACCUUCACCUCCGCCCUGACAUCAAAACCCAUCUGGACCGGCCUCUGGUGGUGGAACCUCGCUGUGACGGCCCCAUCAGCCCUCACAGAGACUGGGACAAACCCCAGGAUUUGCAAGGAGAGGGUGGCACGCCGGAGGAACGAGUAGCCCCUGUGAUGGAGCCCCCGCAGUCGCAUCCACCGCGCAAGCACCACCGUCACAGGGAGCGUCCCUCCAAUGAGACCAAUGAAAACGGUGACACCGGGCAUGCCAAAGAUGGCCGGCAUCACGUCCAUCACAGCCGCAGUAAGGAGCAUGAUGGAACACGGUGUAAGGAGGGGAAGAGCGACAGGAGCCGGAGCAGAGAGGGGGGCCGCAGACAUCACCAUCAGAGCUCGGUGGACGAGGGUGUGGGAGGUGGGGAGAGAGAACAUCGUCACCAUCACUCCCACAGGCAUAACAGGGAGGGCAAUGGGGUGGUCAGUGCUGGUGGGAAGAGCGAACGACGGUCCAGGCAGAAGGAAGGCUCACGAUCAGGAACAAGGGAGGGAGAGAGGUGCUCCAGGGGGGAAAAUGGAGGUAAUGGAGGGAGGAGGCGGCACAGGCCGCGAACCAGUAAAGCUCAGUCCACGCUGGAAGGAGAGGAGCAACAAGUGAAUAGAGAGAAGGAGGAUGGCAAGUCGGCCAGCCACAGGCACAUGGACAUAGGAGGAGAUUCAAUGGCUGUAAAUCCCAAUCAGCCUUCAGUUGGGAACCGAUGGUGUCUUGAGAAACCAGAAGACUCGGACAACAAGCGAAAUAUUGGUCAGACUGGAGGGAUGGGCACACACAUACCUGUGACCAUCACGUCUCCCCCAGGAGAAACAACCCUUAUUCCCAUGAACAGUAUAGACAGCGAGACGAUGCCCAUGACUGAGAAGAAUCUGGAGGAUUUGAACCAGAGCAGCCCUCGUCCCAUCCUCCCCUUCAGCUCCAUGUUCAUCUUCAGCCCAAACAAUCCGGUGAGGCGUCUGUGCCAUUACAUUGUGAGUCUGCGCUACUUUGAGAUGUGUAUCCUGGUGGUCAUUGCCAUGAGCAGUAUAGCCCUGGCUGCAGAGGACCCAGUCCAAGCCAAUGCUCCUCGAAACAAUGUCCUGAAGUAUUUGGACUAUGUCUUCACUGGUGUUUUCACAUUUGAGAUGGUCAUUAAGAUGGUGGAUUUGGGUUUAUUGCUGCAUCCUGGUUCCUACUUCAGAGAUCUGUGGAAUAUUCUGGACUUCAUUGUGGUCAGUGGUGCACUGGUGGCAUUCGCAUUCUCAUCACAUCAAAGCGUUAACAGAGGAACCAAGGGCAAAGACAUCAGCACUAUCAAGUCCCUGAGGGUAUUGCGAGUUUUGCGACCUCUGAAGACCAUUAAACGUCUACCAAAACUGAAGGCCGUGUUCGACUGUGUGGUGAACUCCCUGAAGAACGUGUUGAAUAUCCUCAUUGUCUACAUCCUUUUCAUGUUCAUCUUCGCUGUCAUUGCUGUCCAGCUCUUCAAGGGCAAGUUUUUCUACUGCACAGACGAGUCCAAGGGCCUGGAGAAAGAUUGCAGAGGGCUGUUUCUGGAUUAUGAUAAGGAUGACGUGGCGGCCCAGCCUAGGGAGUGGAGGAAAUAUGAGUUCCACUACGACAAUGUGCUGUGGGCGUUUCUCACUCUUUUCACCGUUUCUACUGGAGAGGGGUGGCCCACGGUUUUGAAGCACUCUGUAGAUGCCACUUUUGAGGACCAGGGCCCAAGUCCAGGUUACCGCAUUGAGAUGUCCAUUUUCUAUGUGGUCUACUUUGUGGUCUUCCCCUUCUUCUUCGUCAACAUUUUUGUGGCCUUGAUAAUCAUCACAUUCCAGGAACAGGGUGAUAAGGCCUUGUCAGAGUGCAGUCUGGAGAAGAAUGAGAGAGCCUGCAUUGACUUUGCUAUCAAUGCCAAACCGCUGACCCGCUAUAUGCCACAGAACCAGCAGUCCUUUCAGUACCGCUUGUGGAAGUUUGUGGUCUCUCCACCAUUUGAGUACUCCAUCAUGAUCAUGAUUGCUCUCAACACUGUAGUGCUCAUGAUGAAGUUCCAUGGGGCACCUGAAUCUUACGAUGCAAUGCUCAAGUAUCUCAACAUUGUCUUCACUGCUCUCUUUUCAAUGGAGUGUGUUCUCAAGAUUAUUGCUUUCGGCCCCUUGAAUUACCUGAAAGAUGCCUGGAAUGUGUUUGACUUUGUGACUGUGCUGGGCAGCAUCACCGACAUCUUAGUCUCUGAGAUUAAAGACCGUCUGCUGAACUUGAGUUUCCUGAGGCUCUUCAGAGCAGCCAGACUAAUCAAGCUCCUCCGGCAGGGAUACACCAUUCGCAUCCUGCUCUGGACAUUCGUCCAGUCCUUUAAGGCACUGCCUUAUGUAUGCCUUUUAAUCGCCAUGCUGUUUUUCAUCUACGCCAUCAUUGGAAUGCAGGUGUUUGGGAACAUUGAAUUGAAUGACGAGACUGCCAUCAAUCGUCACAACAACUUUCAAACUUUCCUCCAAGCACUUAUGCUGUUGUUCAGGAGCGCCACUGGCGAAGCCUGGCACGAGAUCAUGCUGUCCUGUCUGAGUGAGCGCACCUGUGACUUACAGUCAGGCACCUAUGGAAAGGAAUGCGGGAGUGACUUUGCCUACUUCUACUUUGUCUCCUUCAUUUUCCUCUGCUCCUUCCUGAUGUUGAACCUGUUUGUGGCUGUCAUUAUGGACAACUUUGAAUAUCUGACACGUGACUCCUCCAUCCUGGGCCCUCACCACCUGGAUGAGUUUAUCCGAGUGUGGGCGGAGUAUGACCCAGCCGCAUGUGGCCGUAUCAAGUACCUCGAUAUGUAUGAGAUGCUGCUCCACAUGUCCCCACCUUUAGGUUUGGGAAAGAAAUGCCCUCCACGAAUCGCCUACAAGCGGCUGGUGAAAAUGAACAUGCCCAUUGCAGAUGACAACAGCGUGCACUUCACCUCUACCCUGAUGGCUCUGAUCCGCACUGCUCUGGAGAUCAAACUGGCAUCAGGCAUGGUGGCCCAACGUCUGUCAGACGCAGAACUCAAGAAGGAGCUCGCUACAGUCUGGCCAAACCUGUCUCAGAAGACUAUGGACCUGCUGGUCACCCCACACAAACCCAAUGAGCUUACAGUGGGGAAGGUGUAUGCGGCUCUUAUGAUCUUUGACUAUUACAAGCAGAACAGAGCCAAAAGACUUCAGUUGCAGCAACAGCAACAGAGAGAACAGGGAGGACCUGGAUCUCAGAAUAAAGUCAGUGCUCUCUUAGAGCCCAUUCUCCCACUAACUCACAUACAAGACCAGGCCAUGAACAGUGUAGAUUUGGCCUCAGAGUUUCAAGCUCAGACCAGACCCAGCUCCACCACGCUCAAUAACGGACGCACACAUCUUGACAACCCUAUUAAAGGAUCUUCAUCCUGGGCCUCAGAGAAGUCCAAGGAGGUCCAACGGUCUAAACGACGGCCAAUGUCCAGAGGUCAAUCAGAGGAUGCCUCAAAUGCAAACACUGCCCAGGAGUCAGUAGAAAUGAUGAAGAUGGAGAACAGUGCCAACACAGCGACCUCUGGCGGCCUUGAGGGCCAAGGACGUGCGGUAUCCAUGCCAAAACUCAAUGCAGAAAUGCAGAGGAGUCAUUCCCGUCAUUCUCCUGGGACGUUACUGGAACCCAUUCCUGAUUCCCCUAUGAGACGCUCUGCAUCCACUUUUGCACCACAGCGCCCUCAGGAGGUGAAUCUGAAUGACUACAUUUUGGAGAAACCAGUUCAAGAACGACAUCAUCACCAUCACCAUCAUCAUCGGUGCCAUCAUCGCAGGGAAAGAGAAAAGAAACAGAGAUCUCUAGACAGGUCGCCUACUGACCAACACAAAGCUACAGGCACAGCAGCUGACCUUGUAGAGGAGAGGCCACAUGACCGGGGUCGCUCCCACGAGAGGAAGCACCAUUCGUCUUCGGCAGAAAAGCAGCGGUAUUACUCAUGCGAUCGCUAUGGCAGUCGGGAACACUGUCCCAGCAAGUCUGCCGUGGCAAGCUGUGCCACCUCGCCCACUGAGGCCCAGGAGGCCAAUCUCAACAAGCAGGGCAGUGGGUGGGCUAAGGGGAGCCCGGUGUUGUUGACCUCAGGGGCGAGCACUCCAAGCCGUGGGCGCAGACAGCUGCCCCAGACCCCCCUUACUCCUCGUCCCUCCGUGGCCUACAGGACUGCCAACUCCUCCCCUGUGCACUUUCUGGGCACACAGAUGGGCUUGCUUCCCCCAAGUCCCGGCAGGCUGAGCCGCGGUCUGUCCGAGCACAACGCCCUAUUAUACAGCGGCUCCAUCUCCAGCUCGCCGGCCCCCGUCAGUCGCAUUAACUCAGAACCCUUCUUGGGCCCUCCGGACCACCCUGCCGGCCUCCAGCCCGAAGCCUACGCUGUCUUCCAAGAGGAUCUGAGCGCUCAGACGAGCCGUUCUGCCCGGACAGUAGGGAUACCGAUCGUGACGAUUCCCCCACCUCCCCAACAGCUGUUCCGCGGAGUUCCCAACGGAUACCACUUCACCACGGGCCCCGGAACCAGCAGAGGACGGGCACGGCAGUACUACCCAGAGGGAGAGGUGGACGACUGGUGCUAGCAUGGCUUUUAUUUACACAACACAUACAGUUGAUGUUUUUGUUUUCAAAUCAUGAUGAGUUUUAUCAUCUCUUAUUUUGCAGGUGGUGUUAAAUGCAGUAAUACUUGUAUUUGUUUUUCAAUAUCCAGGGGAUAAAACAUAAAUGUACGCUUACAAAGCAGCAGAUGUGAGAUAAAGUCACCAAUCCACCCGACUUUGAUGUAUUGCUGUCAGGCUAAAUAGUUUGUGGGUGUGGUCUCUUUACAAACACAUGAGAUUGACAGUUGAUAUGAAAACACAUGGUCUUUCUUCUAAUCUUUGCCUUUCUAAGGGCAACAGAUGCCAAAACAUGCUUGUGUAACCUGGGAAAAGAGUGACCCACUGCUACAAAUGAAGACCGCAAUGGGCCUCUGGCCAGUUUUCCUUCAAAGCAAGCCUCUGAGAUGCACUCUAAAUGCAAAUAUCCCCUUGAAAAUGUUACCUUAGCAUUAUAGCUGUAGCUUUUAUGGAGAGAAUCCUUUACAGAAGUGGCUGGAAAUGCGAUAUGGUCCUCACUGCAGAACACAAGAUCCACUUUACAUAUCCCUAAACCUACCCGUCUCCACCCCCUGGAUCUAAACCUACCCAUCUCCACCUCCUGGAUCUGGAUCCCACUUUACAUAUCCCUUAACCUACCCGACUUCGCCCCCUGGAUCUCGAGUGUUCUGCAGUGAGGGGCUACUGGGAAAUGCAAGCAACAAUGUUUUUUUUUUUUUUUUCCAAAACGCACAAUAGCAGUGCCCCCUAUCGCCAUCUAAGAGAAUUACAUGUUAUUUCACACUGUUGCGAAAAGCAGAUUGUUCGUUAUGCUGCUGAUGACCAUUCCUCGCACAUAUCGUUGUGUGAAACCUUUGACAACCAUAAUGUACUUUGUUUUAUAUCAAAUUGUACAUAUUUUAUCUAUUCAUUAUGUGCUUUUUGUAUUGUAAAGACGAACGGUUUUACUUAAAUCGCUUACGGCUUCACCAUACUGUCAGGUCUACCGAUUCUUCUUGACUGCUCCAGAUGUUAUUUACAAAGUGCCUAACCUUUUGAAUAUAUUGUAGUAGUGAUGCAACCUCAGCUUUUUUUAAUGCAUCAACACUUAAUAGAGUGAACUGAACAAGCUCUAAGGGUUAAAAGGAACUACAAGGUGUUACGAUCGCAGGCCUUAAUUCAGAAGCAAAGACACAGUACCUUUGAAUUCACAUUAGGAUUUUGAAUGGAAAUUACAGUAUGAUUGUUUGCUUUUUUAAAUUCUUGUCUCCUUUUUUGUACAAUUUUAGUACUAAAUGGAAUAUUGAAAAUUCCAUUACCGAAAGCAUAUAUUAGUAUGGAGUAACUAUUAAAAAACUGCAGUAGUUGUGUAUUUGUCCUGACGGGGACUUUAUAACCACAGUUAUAAAAUUGCAUGUUAAAAAAAGUCUUCAAUUCUUGAUUGACCAUGGUUAUGAAACCAAUAUUUAUGGUGUAUAUUUCCUGUCCUGAUGAAGAUGCUCAGACUGCAUUGCUAUUUGCCUUCUCUGUUUGGUCUUUUACGGUUAAAUGCGAGGAAUGAGAACCAAUGAAUUGUCACAAAGGAGUGAGCUUUGCUCAUGUAGCAGAUUUCCCGAUGUGAGCGUGUGUUGUGUUGCGUUGAGUCGGGGUCCUGGCACCGGUACAGUAGGCUGAUCUGUGUUAAGGUUAAACUUUCCCCCUCAUGGCACUCCUCCAAGCAACCCCAGACACACAUACACACUCACAGCUUUCAUUUUGCCGCUGUUCCCCAGCUGCUGGCUGUAUAGAAAUAUGGCCGACUCCUUUUAUCACACCGGUAACAUGAGAGGAAUAUUUAGCCACCUGAAUGCCGAGGGUGUGGCGGUCUGAAAGAAGAAAAAACCUCUGUAUCGGGAUACUAUACGGUCCAGGAUCAUUUCAUGUGUUCCACAUCAAUAUACAUGAGUACAUUACAUGCUUGGAGAAUUGUUUGGCUAGUCAGGUGAUUCUUGGCCACUGAUGUGUCAGGACUUUUGCUGACAGUGAAUGUUCUUUCCUUUUUUUUUUUUUUUUUUUUUAAACAUAUAUUUUCUUUACGUAGGGCUAUGCAACAAGAUGACACUUUGAAAAAUAUACUUCAUUCAUUUUGUAGCUUUACCUGCUGGGAAAUCCAGAUUCAGGCUUUAGCAUGAUAGUGACCAAAUCUUUUUCUUUCUUUUUUUUUAAAUAAAAAAACAUCAAAAAUGUAUGAAAAAGUAUAUUUUAGAAUGCAUAAAGGCACAAUGAUUAAGAAGCAGAAAUCAGCAAAAAAAAUAAAUAAAAAUAAAUAAAUUAAUAAAUAUAUAUAUAUAUUAACAAAAAAUUGCAAGUUUCUGUAUGUGCAUGCAUCAGAGAUGUCCAGUUUGUCAGGGGAAAAAAGAAAAAUGUUGUUUCAAAUCUACAGUCUGAACAACUGCUAUUUUUCUACAUACUCUGUGAGACUGAGGUUAAAGGAUGUGCUGACAUUUUGCUGAUAUUGUUACGAGUUGUUGCAUUGUUCAUGUGUAACUAUGGAACAAAUCUUUGCACUCCCAGCACAUCCAUCGAUGUCCUUCGGCUUGUUGCCAUAGUGGAUCAAGCUUCAAUCGAAAAACCCAUUUCUUCAGCUUCUCUAUGAUUUGAAAAAACAUCAUAUCCAUCUACCAAACCUUUCAUAAUUUAUUGCCAAAAUCUGAAAUACUCUUUUCCCCUGUACAUCAACCAAGCUUAAAUAUGGCUGUUUCCAGAAAGAUUAAUGUUUGCAUGGUCUAAAAAUGUAUGUGCAUGUUGAAAUACCCAUGGUUUAUCUUCGUACUUUUUGAUACAGUGUAUUCAUUUUUGGUUUGAUUUUUUUAAAUGACCUUUGAUAUAAAUUAGGGGAUUUGUUGAAAUAAAAAAAUUAAUUGUUGAAACAUUUAUAAAUAAUGGAAACAGUAUUGAACUAUGUUGACGGCUCCGUCCAUGCAUAAGAGCUGGGACAUCCUUUAUUUGAAUUCUGCUGUUGACUAGUUUGUUGCCUGAUUUCUGUUCCAUGGCCAGACUUUGAAAUCUGCAGUUGUUUCUACUAUAACAUUUUGUAUGAAUCUAAGUCCUUGAAUUAAAAAAAAAUGAACUCAAA